AUGGGUUUGAUAGAGAUUGCGAGAGGAUGUUGUAGAUUGGCAAAGUUUGAAGUUGAGGGAUGUAAGAAGAUUACAAUGAGAGGCAUGAGGACAAUGGCUUGUUUGCUUCACAAGACUCUUGUUGAGGUCAAGAUCUCUGCUUGUAAGAAUUUUGAUGCUGUAGCAUCUCUGCGAGCUUUGGAGCCUAUUAGGCAUCGGAUUGAGAGACUUCACAUUGAUUGUAUAUGGGAUACUCUGCAGGAAGAGGGUGGUACUCAAGAAGACGAUUAUGCAGCUAGUCAUGGUUUCAACCUUGAUGAAACCCUCUCUGAAAAUGCUGAACUUGAGCAUUCUAGAUGCAGUAAAAGAAUCAAGUACUCUGCGGAAAUGUUGUAUAUGCAAAGCAAUGGAGAUGGAUUUUGGAGCAAGUCCUGGGAUAAACUCCGAUAUCUUUCCCUCUGGAUUGGUGUUGGCGAGCUUUUAACUCCAUUGCCAAUGGCUAGUCUUGAUGAUUGUCCUAAUUUGGAGGAGAUUAAGAUACGGAUUGAAGGGGAUUGCAGAGGCCGGCACAGACUAUCACAGCGUGCAUUUGGAUCGAGCUGCCUUGCCCAAUAUCCCCGGCUGUCAAAGAUGCAGUUGGAUUGCAGCGACACAAUAGGCUUUGCAUUAACUGCCCCAUCUGGACAAAUGGAUUUGAGCUUGUGGGAGAGGUUUUUCUUGAAUGGGAUAGGGAAUUUGAGCCUCAAUGAGCUUGAUUAUUGGCCACCACAAGACAAAGACGUUAACCAAAGGAGUCUGUUCCUUCCCGGUGCAGGGUUGCUUGCUGAAUGUCUCACAUUGAGGAAGCUCUUUAUCCAUGGAACAGCUCAUGAGCAUUUCAUGAUGUUCCUUCUCCGAAUCCCAAACCUGCGGGAUGUUCAGCUUAGGGAAGACUACUAUCCAGCACCGGAGAAUGGUAUGAGCACAGAAAUGAGAGUUGGUUCAUGCAGCCGGUUUGAAGAUGCCUUGAAUAGGCGCCAUAUUCUCGACUAUGUGAAUGUUACACGCUGA